CUGGCGGUUUGGUCUGGAGCAGCUGAAACCGGUUUGAGCGCAGCCGCUUCCUGCUGCUGGGCGCUGCUGCGGGCCGCCUUGGGGAGCGCUGGCGAGGCGCGGCGGCCGGAACGCGGCAGCUCGGCUGGAGGCUCUCACUCUUGGGCGCAGCGGCGUCCGCAGCGGGGAUCCGCUGACCCGCGGGCCCGGCAGCACAACGUCCUAAAAUAAAUCUGUCAGAAUGACACCUCAGGUUACCUUUGAAAUAAGAGGAACUCUGUUACCAGGAGAAGUUUUUGCAAUUUGUGGAAACUGUGAUGUUUUGGGAAACUGGAAUCCUCAAAAUGCUGUGGCUCUUACUCCAGAGAAUGAGACAGGUGAAAGCAUGUUAUGGAAAGCAACCAUUGUUCUCAGUAGAGGAGUAUCGGUUCAGUAUCGCUACUUCAAAGGGUGCUUUUUAGAACCAAAGACUAUCGGUGGUCCAUGUCAAGUCAUAGUUCACAAGUGGGAGACUCAUCUACAACCACGAUCAAUAACCCCUUUAGAAAAUGAAAUUAUUAUUGAUGACGGACAAUUUGGAAUCCACAAUGGUGUUGAGACUUUGGAUUCGGGAUGGCUGACAUGUCAGACUGAAAUAAGAUUACGUUUGCAUUAUUCUGAAAAGCCUCCUGUCUCAAUAACCAAGAAGAAAUUUAAAAAAUCUAGAUUUAGGGUAAAGCUGACAAUAGAAGGUCUGGAGGAAGAUGAUGAUGAUAGGGUGUCUCCCACUGUCCUUCAUAAAAUGUCCAAUAGCCUGGAGAUAUCCUUAAUAAGUGACAAUGAGUUCAAGUGCAGACAUUCACAGCCAGAGUGUGGAUAUGGCUUACAGCCUGAUCGUUGGACUGAAUAUAGCAUACAGACAAUGGAACCAGAUAACCUGGAAUUAAUAUUUGAUUUUUUUGAGGAAGAUCUCAGUGAACAUGUAGUUCAGGGUGAUGCGCUUCCUGGACAUGUGGGUACAGCCUGCCUCUUAUCAUCCACCAUUGCUGAGAGUGGGAAGAGUGCUGGGAUCCUUACUCUCCCUAUCAUGAGCAGAAAUUCCAGAAAAACAAUAGGUAGAGUGAGAGUUGACUAUAUAAUUAUUAAGCCAUUACCAGGAUACAGUUGUGACAUGAAAUCUUCAUUUUCCAAGUACUGGAAGCCAAGAACACCACUGGAUGUUGGACAUCGAGGUGCAGGGAAUUCUACAACAACUGCUCAACUUGCUAAAGUUCAAGAAAAUACUAUUGCUUCUUUAAGAAAUGCUGCUAGUCAUGGUGCAGCCUUUGUAGAAUUUGAUGUACACCUUUCAAAAGAUUUUGUGCCUGUGGUAUAUCAUGACCUCACCUGUUGUUUGACUAUGAAAAAGAAAUUUGAUGCUGAUCCAGUGGAAUUAUUUGAAAUCCCAGUAAAGGAGUUAACAUUUGACCAACUCCAGUUGUUAAAGCUUGCUCAUGUGACUGCACUAAAAUCUAAAGAUCGAAAAGAAUCUGUGGUUGCAGAAGAAAAUUCUUUUUCUGAAAAUCAGCCAUUUCCUUCUCUUAAGAUGGUUUUAGAGUCUUUGCCAGAAGAUGUGGGGUUUAACAUAGAAAUAAAGUGGAUCUGCCAGCAAAGGGAUGGAAUGUGGGAUGGUAACUUAUCAGCAUAUUUUGACAUGAAUCUGUUCUUGGAUAUAAUUUUAAAAACUGUAUUAGAAAAUUCUGGGAAGAGGAGAAUAGUGUUUUCUUCAUUUGAUGCAGAUAUUUGCACAAUGGUUCGACACAAGCAGAACAAAUACCCCAUAUUAUUUUUGACUCAAGGAAAGUCUGAUAUUUACCCUGAACUCAUGGACCUCAGAUCUCGAACAACUGCUAUUGCAAUGAGCUUUGCACAGUUUGAAAAUCUACUGGGGAUAAAUGCACAUACUGAAGACCUGCUCAGAAACCCAUCCUACAUUCAAGAGGCAAAAGCAAAGGGACUAGUCAUAUUCUGUUGGGGUGAUGAUACCAAUGAUCCCGAAAACAGGAGGAAAUUGAAGGAGUUGGGAGUUAAUGGUCUAAUUUAUGAUAGGAUAUAUGAUUGGAUGCCCGAACAGCCAAAUAUAUUCCAAGUGGAGCAGUUGGAACGCCUGAAGCAAGAGUUGCCAGAGCUUAAGAGCUGUUUGUGCCCCACUGCUAGCCGCUUUGUUCCCGCAUCUUUGUGUGGGGAGCCUGGCAUCCACGUGGGUGCCAACAGCAUUGAUAAUGUGGACAGUGCUUAGUUUUUAUUGGACAGAGGCCAUAUGGGGCAUGCACCGCUGUUCUGGGUAUUCACUUUUCAUCGAGCAUUGUUUUUCUAUGCCUUUUAGGUUUCUCAGUCCAAUGAAGCAAUAAUGAAGUAUUCUACUGUUUCACUACAGUUCUUGCUAGAAUUUCAAGUAUGCUAUUUAAAUCAUUUGGCCAGGUAUAAUUACCAGUCAGCCUCUUUACAAUGAGAAAAUUUAUUGGUUGGUAAAUGUUUUAAACUAAAUAUGUGUAUGGAUAACGUUAAACGUCCAUUAAAAGCAUAGCACUUUGAAAUUAACUGUAUAAAUAUCUCAUAUUUACUCUUCUUACAGUUUUCAUUCAAUCAGGUCUGAAAUAUAUAGCACUUGAGGAACAUGACUAUGCAUAAUUAUACCUGACCAUAGAAAAAAAUGGGUACCUCAAAUGCAUGCAUUUGCACUGGCGAUUCCAACCGCACAAAUCUUUGUGCCAUCUAUGUAUAUAUGUAUUUUUUACAUGGAUUGACAUGCACACAGACCAUUUUCAUUCAGUAUGAACCUGAGGCUGCUGCCACUUUCCCAUUGAACCAACCCAAUGCCUGUGUAAAAAGUCUGAAGGUGAUCCUGGAAAACUUGUUUCAAAGUUGUUUUGCAUAAAUGUUGAAAUUUAAAAAUGCUGCAGGGUAAUUUAAUGUAUAGAAUAUUAGAAGUAUGUAUUGCAUACUUAGUAGAGUAGAUCAUUAUGUAUAAAUUCUAUUGAAUGCAUGCUUUAGGUUUUAAGCAUGAGAUUGUACAUGUUUACUCGAGGUCCUUGCAUCUGUGGUGCUAGGUGAGUGUGAGAAGGUGUCAAGGACUGAAAAUAUUUUAUUGCCUAACAAGAAAAAAAGCCUGUUAUUAAGCAUUUUAAAUAUGCUUAUUUUAAGUCUCUCACUACCUUUACACACCAUUGCUUUAUGGUUUUGUUGUGUGUGUGUGUGCGUGUAUGUGUUGUAUAGUAGUUUGAUCUCCAUGCAGAAAAAUAAAUGUCCUGAAUUCUCAUAUUGGUAUUCUUUAUUGGUUAAUGUGUAUCAUGCAUGUAAUUUAUUUACAAAUGUAGAUGAUCUGACUAAAUGUAUAUGCAUGUUCUGAGGGUCAUGCUAAGAUUUCUUUCAUUAGAAGCAGAUUGUUUUGGCAUAACUGUAAUUUAAGAAUGAAUGUUGAAUAAAACGCACAGAUUUAGUAUCUUCAUGAUAAAGUGAAAUUGUAGGAAGGUGUUACUUUUGUGGAAUCGGUUCUAUAAUAUUAUAAGAAAUUGGAAUUUAGCAUCUAUCCUAAAGGGAUGGCUUAUUUCCAUCUGCCUUUCACCGCAUGUUCUUCAUUAUACAGUUUAUUCGUGGUAGUAGCUGAGAACCCAAGACUUGGAAGUACACAUUGUAUCUUUUUAUUUUUUUAAGCCAAGCAAUGCAAUUUUGGUCAGAUCUUGAUUGUGGGAAGAUAGGCUUUGAAGACCUAUGGUAUUGUGUUUGUAACACUGAUAUUUAAUCAAAAAUAGUUUUGGAAAUGGACUAUUCUGCCAGGGUUGUAUUUUUUUCCCCCACAUUGAAUGAGAUUUUCCAACACUUUGUACAUUAGGUACUUUUAGAAAACUCCUGAAAAAGAAUUAGUUUUCUUCUGUGCAAUACAAUUACCAUUACCUUGUGGUAACUUGAUUAGCCAAAUGUAUGCAUUUCUAGUUCUGUUUGUUGGCCCCUCCCUAUGCCUGUCAAGUUCCAGCUCCAUUUUGAAAACUUGCAGAUCAUAAAGGGGAGGAAGAAGAGGAAAGGAGGGGGUGGGGGUAGGUUUCUUGAACAGUGUCAUUUGCUGAGAAGAGCUUACAGCCUCCCUGCUCUUUCCUGUCUCUUCCUGACCUUACAAACCAGGUUUAGCAGAGGAUUAAAGCAAGCAGUAUCUCCACAUUGUAUAGGACGAAGUCCAGGCUUCCAGAGCACUUGUUUUUGCCUUCACACUCUGCUCCAGCCACACCGUACCUGUGCUAGGCCCUGACCGUGUCAUGCUCCCUGUCUGUAGCCACGUGCCCUCUGCACUUCCUCCUUGCCAGAUUCAUUUCUCCUUGAGCCAUUGGCCUUUCUCCCUCAAGCCUUUGUGAAACUCCUUCAGAAAGGAGGAAUGUACCUUUUGACUCCAUAGUGGGUCGCACCUUGAUUGUGCUGUGCGUCACAGUGCGUCUAGGUGGGCAUAGCUGAUUUUGUCUCGCCUGCCAGGAUGUGUACUCUUCAAGAGCAGAGACCUCGUCCUACUCAUUUUCAUUUUCACAGUAAAUGGAAUGUAGUAGAAAAUGUAUGUUGGAAUUAUUGGGAUGAUAUAAUUUAUAUCAAAUGUCCUUUUGAAUUAAGAGUUAGUUAUAUUUACUAAGAAUGUAAACUUUGAAUUGGUUUACAUUUUGACGAUUGGAACAAUUUAUUGAUGUCAGAGGUAUAAUGUUAUUUUCUGGAAAUUAAGUGAAAUGUUUGAUAAAACGCUGCCAUUCUUUGUAUUUCCACCUCUCUGGAAUCAUGUACUGUAACUGGGUGUAAGUGUGAGGAAUACAGUUCAUACUGUGUCGGUAGUGCCCGAGGGCCACCACCGCCACCCCUUUACCUCACUCCCGUGGUUCCUGUGAUGCUUGUCUUCUCCCCUCCAAACUCCAUGCUUACGCCUACCUCAGCCCCGCUGUCCUGGUCUGAAAUGCCUUCUCUCUCUCCUUUCAGUGUCCAGCUCAGGUGCCACCUACACCACCAAACCUUCCUCAGCUUUUAAUCAGAAUCAUGAUGCAAACAAAUGCAGACAACCUUGAAAUCUUGCUACUUCAUUUUGCAGCUGAAGUAAUAAACCCAGAGAUGUUAACUGGCCAUGUUGGGACUGGGUCUCGUGACAACGCUGUGUUCUUAAACUACGCUGCCUUCUGAAUUCUUGUGGCAUUUGUUAGCAUAUGCUUGCUUAUAGAGCAACUUUUUAUGUGCCUGUUAUAUUUCCCUAAUAAGAUUGUAAGCCCCAUAAGGGCAGGGACUUCUCUGCAUCUCUGGCACUGCUGUAGUGUUCUAUACUUAGUUAUGCACUAGAUAAAUAAAUGGUGGUGGUAACAA